UGGAAGUCAAAAAAGAAUUUAAUGUUAAAGAGUUUCAUCUCUCUAAUUUCAUUUUAUUUCUCUUUUUUUUUCUUCUUCUCUCUCUCACCAUCACAUAGAACACAGAAGAAUCCAUGGCUGCUUCUUCAUCCUCCGCUGCUUCCUUCUUUGGAGGCCGACAAGAUGAUCAAUCUCACCUUCUCCCUCCUAAUUCCUCCGCCGCAGCUCCACCUCCUCCUCCUCCUCACCACCAGCCACCGCUUGAAGCUCCACCGCAGAAAAAGAAGAGAAACCAACCAAGAACUCCAAAUUCCGAUGCGGAAGUGAUAGCUUUAUCUCCAAAGACACUAAUGGCUACAAACAGAUUCAUAUGUGAAGUAUGCAACAAAGGUUUUCAAAGAGAACAGAAUCUACAACUUCACAGAAGAGGACACAAUCUUCCAUGGAAACUCAAACAGAAAUCGACCAAAGAAGUGAAGAGGAAAGUGUAUCUUUGUCCGGAGCCCUCGUGCGUUCACCAUGACCCGUCACGUGCUCUCGGAGACCUCACCGGAAUCAAGAAACAUUACUACCGUAAACACGGUGAAAAGAAGUGGAAAUGCGAUAAAUGCUCUAAGCGUUACGCUGUUCAGUCUGAUUGGAAAGCUCACUCCAAGACUUGUGGUACCAAAGAGUAUCGUUGUGACUGUGGUACACUCUUCUCUCGGUAAGUAUUCCAAAUCUUUAAAACUCUUUAAAUUAUAAUUUAAUCUUUUCGAGUGAUAUGUGUGUGAAUAUGUGUCCGUGAGUCAUUCUUCAUGGAUUAGGGUUUUUUUAAGUUCACUUUCUGUUUCGCCUCGAAGUCUUCGAUGCUCUUAUCGCUUUCUUUCGUGCAGUAAAUGCAACUUUAUUUUUCCUUUAUAUUCAAAAAUAAUUU